CCCCCCCUCAAACAGCGAGUAAACAGGUGGCGUGAGAGACGGCGCACGAAGCUCCUAGUACCUUUGACCUCAUACCAGAAACUCUGUUCACCUGUUGGUUCCUCUUCCGCCUUCUCCUUGUAGAGUGGAGUUGUUUCUACCUGGAUCCUGACAACAGAAUAACUAUUUUUGGAUUCAGUAAUGCCAUUUCGGUCUGAAGUGCUUUUUAUCGACCUCACACAGGAAUGAGCCAGCAGCCGCGAUCAAACCGGGGACGCCGGGAGAGGAACGGAGACCACCGGCAGCACUAUGACGACAGGUCUUCCUCUUCACCCCCAUAUUACCCCCGAGAAGAUGACUCGCAUCAUGUACGGGAGGUCCCUCGGGUGGAGCACAGUGACUCCAAAUGUACCAACAUUUGCUCCAGAAGAGGCAUUGUCCUGAUCUGCGCUGUGCUGACCAACGGUCUGGUCCUGAUAUGUGUGGUCGCGGCUCAGAUGGUUACGUCAGGAAUGUCCUCGGCAGCCAGCAUGGGCGGCUUUGACAUCAACUCCAACAUCAACUUUCAAGGUACCGAGCUGCAGAAGUUACGAGACCUGGACAUGCAGUACAGCCAGAUGAGGGCGCCGAGCAUCUACGGCGGCAUCCCCUUCAGCCUCACCUUUGGAGUCCUGUCAUUGCUGUUUGUGGUGUCCGGGAACAAACCCCCACACCUGAUGUCGCGGAAGCUCCUGGUGGGAGCGCUGAUCUUUCAGGCGGUGGGCGCAGUGGUGUACGUGGUAGCUGUCGGUCUCUACUUGCACUUCGUGAUCAAAGUCAACUCCACAGACGUGUGCAAGCAGCGGGAGAUUCUGUACUCGCGGAGCGGGUACACGUGGAUGAACUGCGACGUGAGUGGGGCCGAUGCAGCAGUGGCUCUGUUUGGACUCAUCACUGCCAUUCUGUACAUUGCUGGCACAGUGCUCACUUUCCAGACCAUUCGCCACGUGAAGCGUUACCUACAGGAACGAAAGCGGAGGGAAGCGGAGAGAAAGCAGAAUCGAAGCAACCCACAGAGGGCCCCGCUGAGGGCCGAGACCACGUCUGUGUGAGGGAGGCUUGUGUCCUGUGGUUAAGGGGACACAGUUUCUGCUACGAUGACCUGCGCUGCACAUCUGAACUGCUUCAAAGAGGAUCGGCUCCAAAUGUGUCAGACAGACAGAUCACAAGAAACAUUUAAAGUUACAUCCCUUCAUUUACCCCAAAUGGACACAGCUACUUUGUAGUACAAACUACUUGUGUGUUACUCCCCAAAACUGACAGCUCACACAAGCUCACAAGUUUUCUGACUCAUUGGGGCUUUGACACAUUUGUGUAGUGAAUGAAAAAUAGCCUUUUAUAUAGAUAGAUAGAUAUAUAUAUAUAUAUACACAUAUGUAGAUACACAGAUCUUUGGCUGUGAGAACUGGGCACUUUGCUGUGGAUCAGGGGACAUAAACAGUACUGUGAGGUAGCACUAAUGUGCUGCUGUGGCUUAGAUGAAAAUGAAUAGCUAGAAUACAUUUGUGAUUGAAACGGUACAGUUGAACACUAAAGCUAUUGUAUGACAACUAAAGCUUCCUAGUACUAAAUGAAUGUAACGUUGUUUCCUCAGGCACUGUAAUACAUGGACGAAUAUUAAAGCUUUUCCACUUACGGAGAGAACUAGAAAUGAAGUGAAGACUCAGCCAUCAUUUAUCAGCCCCACAUGUUGUUAGUUAGCUCAGAAAAUGAAAAAUGUAUUAUGUUGGCUUCUUGUGCACGUUCUCUCACUUUUGUCGAUUUUUAAGUUUUUGUAUGCAUCUUUUUUUUUUUUUUUUUUUUUUAAUCUUUUAUCCAUAUGUAACUUUGUUCUCAAAGAUGUCAGUUGUCUCAGGUCAUGCUGAACAUGACCAGCUCGAGUAUCUAAGCCUGUUUUACUGUUGGAGACAGUUUUUUUUUUUUUAUUGUAACAUGUACACUGCUUAAUGUGUUUUCUACCAGUUUGCAACAUUUUAUCUACUUUAAUUAAACUGAUUAUGAUUCCAUUUAAAA